GGCUCCUCCUCCCUCCCGCCUCUCUCUCUCUGUCUGCGCUCUAUAGAUGUAUAUAAUCCGCGAGUUGACCCAGAAAACAAACUCCUGACUGCUGCCGAGGCGCCGCAGGGCUGCAUGUAUCCGGAGCAUCAGCUGGACCGACGCGCGGCACCGACCCAACUUCUCCGCACGGAUUUUUAUUAUUAUUCUUUUUUUUAUUUUUAUUUUUGCAUUCUCACAUCGGGUAGGUGUCGACUCUUCUUCACUCUCACACAGGGCGCCUGAGCAGCCAUGGCUGAACACAUGAUGAUGCCCAUGAGCCACGGCUUCCGGAUGGGCAUGAACGGACCGCCGCAGCACAACGGCCAGCCCGGCCUGCGCGGCCUGCCCAACGGCCAGGUGAUGCACUACGGCAGGAACCCCCAGAGCAACAUGGAGGCCGCCAUGAGACAGAGACAGGGCCUGGUGGGGCCGGGCGGGAUGGGCGGUCCCGUCGGCGGGGCCCCCAUGGGCGGCCACCACCACCAGAUGAUGUCCGGGAACAUUAUGUACAACGGCCAGGGCCCCCAGCAGCAGCAGCACCACCACAUGCACCCCCAGCAGCAGCAGCAGCAGCAGCAGCAGGGGGGCGGGCACCCGCAGCAGUACCACCACGGCAACCUCACCUCCCAGCAGCUCAUGGCCAGCAUGCACUUGCAGAAACUGAACACCCAGUACCACGGACACCCGCUGGGCUCGUCCGGCGGCCACCACUUGCCGAACGGCGGCCAGUACCGCGUGGGCCCGGCCCAGCUGUCGGGCAUGCAGCACAUCGGCGGCCCCCUGGGGCUGAACGGCAUGGACAUGGACCUGAUCGACGAGGAAGUGCUCACCUCGCUGGUUCUGGAGUUGGGGUUGGAUCGCGUUCAGGAGCUGCCCGAGCUCUUCCUGGGACAGAACGAGUUCGACUUCAUAUCAGACUUUGUGUGCAAACAGCAGCCGAGCACGGUGAGCUGCUGAGCCGACGGGACGCGGGCUGUUUCGGGUUUUGGUUCGGACUGGAAACCCCCCCUCCUCCUCCCCCCAAAGAAUGACUGAGUGGCGACCGUAGCACAGCGACAGGAGACAAUCUUUCUGUUCUGUUUGGGUGUUUCUGUGUUUGUGUAUACGACAGUUUCUCGUGCGCCUUCACACUGACCUUGCCUGCGAGUCGUUCAAAGAAUUGUAAACGAGCAAAAACGCAGAAACAGGCGCCGGGUUCCUUUUCCUUUGAGCCGGCGCCAGUAAGAUCUGUCGCCUUGGGCCAAACUGAGGCGUCCCGAUGCGAGCGGGUUCUGCUUGUACCCAGCUGGCCCUCAGCACAUGUGCCUAUGGUGCCAAGGCUUUUUGGAUAAACUGUAAAUUUAGCAAACACAAACGGGGGUAAGACGACCUGAUUGGACCGUCCAGUCAGGUCUGCCCGGUUCUGAGGCAUCUCGAGGUGUAUUUUAUCCUGGAUGACACCCUUGACUAGUAGCAGACCUCUUCAGAAAGGUGGUCCACUUAAUUUGUUUAAACAAGGAUCAAGGGAUUAAGGGAGUGGAGAAUGAUUCUUUUAUGUUUGCAUAUUGAAGGCUGGCUCUUCAAAUACUGACUCUCCUACAAAGAACAGCUUUUCCUUGAAGAGCAGGAGGCUGUGCAGCAUUCCUGGGUGACACAGCGUUGUUUCUUUUUACCUCGGAACUGUUUGAAAUGUGCCCCAUCGAUUAUUUUGCUUCCGGCGUCGUUAAACCGGCUCUGAUUAAACCCACUGUCGUUAAAUGUCUCGCAUCUGAUCUGUGUUUUUGGCUGUGAAUGAGUCACUGGCGGGAGUUGAGUGUGUUUCUUGGCUUUAAAAAGAAAAACUAAACAAAAAAAACAAAAAAAAAAAGCUUUUGUGUGCUGAAGUCUUACAACUCUACAUCAUUUACGUGUUC